AUGGAUUCAUCACGAGGGCCCCCCAGGGUCAAAAACAAGGCGCCCGCGCCGAUGCAGAUCUCAGCGGAGCAGCUGCUCCGCGAGGCUGUUGACCGGCAGGAGCCCGCGUUGCAGGUCCCGACCCAGCGGUUCGCCGAUUUGGAGGAACUGCACGAGUACCAGGGACGGAAACGAAAGGAGUUCGAAGACUAUGUGCGCCGCAAUCGGCUGAACAUGAACAACUGGAUGCGCUAUGCGCAGUGGGAACUUGAGCAGAAGGAGUUCCGUCGGGCGCGCUCCGUCUUUGAACGGGCGUUGGACGUGAAUCCGACGUCGGUGGUGCUAUGGAUUCGAUAUAUCGAGUCGGAGAUGAAGAACCGAAACAUCAACCAUGCGCGCAAUCUGUUUGAUCGGGCAGUGACGAUCCUGCCCCGGGUGGAUAAGCUGUGGUACAAAUAUGUCUACAUGGAGGAGACGCUGGGCAACAUUGCGGGAACGCGGCAGGUGUUUGAGCGAUGGAUGUCGUGGGAGCCCGACGAAGGCGCCUGGAGUGCCUACAUCAAGCUGGAGAAGCGAUACCAUGAGUACGACCGGGCUCGGGCGAUUUUCCAGCGGUUCACGAUGGUCCACCCGGAUCCUAAGAACUGGAUCAAAUGGGCGCGAUUUGAGGAGGAGUACGGGACACCCGAUCUUGUUCGCGAGGUGUACGGGCUGGCAAUUGAAACUCUCGGAGACGACUUCAUGGACGAGAGGAUCUUUAUCGCCUACGCCAAGUACGAAACGAAGCUCAAAGAGUACGAACGUGCACGGGCGAUCUACAAGUUUGCGUUGGACCGACUGCCGCGGUCGAAAUCUGUGGCUUUGCAUAAGGCCUACACCACGUUUGAGAAGCAAUUCGGUGACCGGGAUGGCGUUGAGGAUGUCAUCCUGGCCAAGCGGAGAGUCCAAUACGAGGAACAACUCAAGGAAAAUCCAAGGAACUACGACGUCUGGUUCGACUUUGCCCGACUGGAGGAGUCGGCCGGGGACGUGGAUCGCGUGCGGGAUGUGUACGAGCGGGCGAUUGCGCAGAUCCCACCGUCGCAGGAGAAGCGGCAUUGGCGGCGAUAUAUCUACCUCUGGAUCUUCUACGCCAUAUGGGAGGAGAUGGAGAAUAAGGACGUUGACCGGGCGCGGCAGAUCUACCAGGAAUGCCUGAAGCUCAUCCCGCACAAGAAAUUCACGUUUGCCAAGAUCUGGCUCAUGAAAGCCCACUUCGAGAUUCGACAGAUGGACCUGCAGGCAGCGCGAAAGACGCUGGGCCAGGCGAUUGGCAUGUGCCCGAAGGACAAACUGUUCCGGGGCUACAUUGAACUGGAGAAGCAGCUUUUUGAGUUUACGCGGUGCCGGACGCUGUACGAGAAGCAGAUCGAAUGGAAUCCAUCCAACAGCCAGGCCUGGAUCAAGUUCGCAGAGCUGGAGCGGGGGCUGGACGAUCUGGACCGGGCGCGGGCGAUCUUCGAACUGGGGAUCGAGCAGCCGACUCUGGACAUGCCGGAGCUGGUGUGGAAGGCCUACAUCGACUUUGAGGAAUACGAAGGAGAGUAUGAUCGGGUGCGGCAGCUGUACGAGCGGCUCCUGCAGAAGACGGACCAUGUCAAGGUGUGGAUAAACUAUGCGCGGUUCGAGAUCAACGCCCCGGAAGGGGACGAAGAGGAAGACGAGGAGGAGGAGAGGCCGGUGAGCGAGGAAGCCAAGCGGCGGGCGCGCAAGAUUUUCGAGCGGGCGAAUAAGGUGAUGAGAGAAAAGGAUCUGAAGGAGGAUCGUGUGGAGCUGUUGAAUGCAUGGAAGUCGUUCGAGAUGACGCACGGAUCGCCCGAAGACAUUGCGGCGAUCGAGAAGCAGAUGCCGCGGCGGGUCAAGAAGCGGCGCAAGCUGGACGACGACCGGUACGAGGAGUACAUGGACUAUGUGUUCCCGGCGGACGACCAGGCGGCGGCGAACCUGUCGCGGCUGUUGCAGCGCGCGCACCAGUGGAAGCAGGAGCAGCAGCAGAAGCAGCAGCAGGCGGAGCAGGCUGCUGGUAAUCUUUUCUUUCAUUUGGCAGAUGCUAGAAGCUGGAGCCAGACAAGCAGGCAUGGCAUGGCAUUUGAUGCCAAUGAUGCCGAUGAAUGGGGCCAAAAUUAUCCCACUAGGAGCGCAGGAACUAACGCUGUACAGAGCAGAAAGUACAGAGUACAUACAUACAAAGUAGGAAGUAGGUCGGUACCUAACUCGGUAGUUGUGAUCACUGUGACUAUAUCACCUGACCUGCCCAGCAGGUACUCCAUACAUGCAGAUAGACAGACAGACAGACAGGAAGAUAAAUAG